AUAAUCUCUGCUGGAUCCCUUAAGUGACUAAAGAAUUCUGACGAAGAUAAGUCGUGAUUGAUUGAAAAAUAAACUGUGCUGUCAGUGCUGUCAGAUGGACAAACGCAUUUGUAAUGUUAUAAAAGCUCUCAGCUCUAAUGCACAUUAUAAUUAAAAGCUUUAUCAAAAUGCAUCCUGCCAGUUAUUAUAUGAAGAUCACAGUUUCUCUCAAAAACCACACAUAUGUAAACACUUAAUGUGACCAAAACUAUUACUGCAGAGGCAGAGGAUUGCUGCAGAAAGCAAAGUCCCUCCCCUUGACUUUAUGACUCGUUUUUAUAGACUAGAGAGUGAGUAAGAGAGAGAGUAAGGGUGUAGAAGAGUAGUGAUGCACUGGUACCCAUUCCUGUGAUGAGCUGGAACAACAUGCUGAGGAUUAAUCGUCCAACGUCCCUACAUGAGCACAAGGGCCACUCAUUGUUUAAAUGUGGAAAAGAGAAAAAGUACAGUUCUUUAAGCUAGAGAACAUACAUAGUGGAAGAUGUUUUUGCUGAAGCAAACCCCAAAGUGGAGGCUAGAAGUUUCAACAACCAAAAUAAUUUUUGAGUAAAGGUAAGCAAGACCUGUGCAGAGUAAAAAUGUCUUCCUCUCCUGGAAUAAAACCUCGGGAGCAUGUGGACAUGAUGUACAUCUCCAUUGAGACAGCCAUUGCCCUGGCAUCUGUGCUGGGGAAUGUGCUGGUGGUUGUGGCUGUGUGUGUGAACAGGGAUCUCCGCAACACCACCUUCUGCUUCAUUGUGUCUCUGGCUGUGGCAGACAUCGCUGUGGGGAUUUUGGUCAUCCCUCUGGCUAUUAUCAUCAGUCUGGGAUUCAGCACUCAGUUCUACACAUGCCUCUUCCUCUCCUGCCUGCUGCUGAUCAUCACCCAGAGCUCCAUCCUUUCCCUGCUGGCUAUUGCCAUCGACCGAUAUCUGCGAAUCAAGAUUCCCACCAGGUACAGCACCAUAGUGACCCAGAGGAGGGCAUAUGUGGCAGUUUGUCUGUGCUGGAUCCUCUCCUUCCUCACUGGAUUGGUUCCAAUGACUGGAUGGAAUAACCGUGAUGCUCAGAGAAACCUCAGCAUUUCCAGCGACAUCGUCUGCGAAUUCACCACUGUCAUGAGGAUGGACUACAUGGUGUACUUCAACUUCUUCGGCUGGGUGGUGGUACCACUGUCCAUAAUGAUUGCUCUGUAUGCGGAGAUCUUCCGGGUGAUCCGGCUACAGCUUAACCGGCGUGCCGAAGCCACUUGCGAUGGAGAGAGGUACUAUCGGAAGGAGCUGAAGCUGGCCAAAUCGCUGGCCUUGGUGGUCUUCCUCUUUGCUGUGUGUUGGCUGCCAAUACACAUCAUGAACUGUAUCAACUUCUUCUGUCCAAAAUGUGACAUACCCAAGUUUGCCAUGUAUGUAGGCAUUUUCAUGUCCCAUGUGAACUCAGCACUCAACCCAAUGGUUUAUGCAUUCAGAAUAAAGCGCUUUCGUGUCACGGUGAUCCAGAUCACUCGCCGUUGCAUGUUAUGUAAACCCACAGAGCCCACUCCAUGCCGCACCAGCACGCCAGCCCUGACGGAAAAAGUGGAUGUAAACGUGUAACAAGGGCUUGCACCACUACUGCAUACAUGGUUUACAGUGAGAUAGUACGGGGAUGAUACUCAUGAUAUUUGGAAUAUCAUCACAUUAACUGACACAACAAAGCACUUCAUCGAGUCACAGGACACGUUCAUUUCUGACCCACUGACGCAGUUAGAUUUUAAGAAAAUGUGCAAUCAGAAAAAAAUGAUAUCAGCCUGCAUUGUUCUUUUUUCACUUAUUGCUUCCUUAAUUGAUUCAUAUUGAAUUAUAAUAUGUCAACAUAAUAAGUGAUGCAACAUACAUGCCAUGUUCA